AUGUCAACACCACCGGACCCACCCAAGCUGCCCGGCCUCGAGACUAACAGAAUCCCCAACCUCCCACCAGCAUGCUACUACAUCCCCGACUUUAUCACGCCUGAAGAAGAAGCAUACCUCCUCCGCAAGGUCGGCGAGACGCCGCAGCCAAAGUGGAAGACUGUUGGGUCGGGGAGGCGGUUGUGUUAUUGGGGCGGGACGAUGAGCAAGAACUCUGUGCUCCUCCCAGAGGCUAUGCCGGAAUGGCUCUCGUCAUUCCCCGACAUUGUCGAGCGCAUCGACGCGUUCCUCGAUUCCGCGGCUGACGCGGAUACGGACAAGGGCAAGAGCAAAGAGCGCGUCUUGGGCAUCAACCAGGUGCUCGUGAAUGAGUAUCACCCGGGGCAGGGGAUCUCGCCCCACGAAGAUGGCCCCGCGUUCCGCCCCCUAGUAGCGACGCUCUCACUCGGCUCGCCAACCAUCCUCGACAUCCACCACUACGUGUCACCCACUACACCAUCGCCACCGAUGAUCGCGACCGAGGGCGACGCGGGGAAGGCGAUCGCUGCCGUUCCCUUGGGACACGUGCUGCUGAUGCCGCGCUCGCUCUUCAUCCUCACGGGCAGCCUGUACAGCUCGCAUCUGCACGGCAUCGCUUCACGAGAGCGCGAUUCGUUCAUUGCGCCGGUGCGGGAGAGUGAGGCUUCUGCAGCGGAUUCCGCCGCAGAAGGAGAUGCCCUCCCGCCCUCGACGGACAAGGCCAAGGCAGACGCGGACGUCGUCGCAAACGCGCAUCUCCUGGGGCUCGACGCGCUGCCCCGCGACGCGUUCACGUACGAGCGGGGUACGCGUGUGAGCUUGACGUUCCGGCACGCGAACAGGGUGCUCAAGGGCGGCGCGUUCGGGCUGGCGGCCGGCGGCCUCCGGAGGGCGUAG